AUGAGUCACAUAUUAUAUUUACAUUUCCAGAACAAUCUUCAUUUUGUCUUUUGUGCACGCAAUGGGAAAUAUCAUAGUGGCUAUUUCAUCUCUCGUCACUUCAGUCAGUAUGAAUUUUCAAAGAUUAUUUACAAUAUUUGGAUUAUUGAUAACAGCAAUCGGAGCAGGUGGUAUAAGACCAUGCGUCUGUGCUUUUGGCGGUGA